AGUAAGAUGUAGUCAACAAAGUUGUAUAUGCCCCCUCAAGCGACGGGAUUAUGCGAAUGAAAUUAGCUAGAAUUGUGACUUUUUUUGUAGUGAUCUUGAACGUAAUAGUGCUAUUUUGUAUAUGGAAAUUAUUAUCAACGCUUGACAGAGGACUUUAUGAUUUUAAUCAAAAAACUGAUCUUCCUCCAAAGUCUACCAAUAUAUUUUCAGACGAUAGUAUUGUCACUUUAGUAAUACGAAGAUUCGAAAAUUUUGACAACGAUGUUGUUGGAACUGUUGAAUCGUUUCUACAUCUUUUUCCAAAUCUCAAGGUGGUUGUCAUUAGCGACGUUCUUCCUUAUCCACCCUUCGAUUUCCGGCACUUCAAUCUCUCUUCGAAAGUAAAGUUGCUGGAUUUGGAACUAAGAUUAACUGACAAAUUUGGUGGAAGAAACCCUUUGCUACAAAUUGACACAAAGUAUGUUCUUUUCGCCCCGGAUUCAACGCGCUUCAAAAGUAAGAGGACAUUGUCCAGACUUAUUCAAGAACUUAAAAGUGGUAUCUACAAAGUAUCUGCGGCGUCAUUCUCGUCAAGGAAACCCGCAGAAUGUUUGAAAGUAAGAGUAAAUGUGCGGCAGUGGUAUAUUCACUAUGCACCGUCAACAGACAACGUAUGUGAAGCAGUUACCGGUAAGCACGUAUUGUUGAUCGACAGGCAGUUGCUCGAAAAUCUGCCAGCACCGUUCUUGCUUCCAUUUCCCGAGGCGCUGUACAUCCAGUCUUCUGCCAGGAACGUAAAGGUGAAACUCAUACAUGGAGAGACUGUCACUGAUGGCAAACCACUCUUUAGGAGUCAGCAUUUAUUACAGAAGGUUGAACAAUUGGAAGCUGCAAGGCGCCAGCAGAUGUUUCGACAGUUUGGUAUAAAACAGGUGAUUCGUGAAACUGGUGUGACGGAGUGGUAUGGAUGUACUCGUGAAACGCCUCGCUGCUUUGGCACAGUUGUCAAUGAUAUGCCAGAAUACUUGUGGCAAGGUCGUUGGACACCCCCCUGCUGCCUGGCUGGCUUACGUCGUACUGCACACCACGUUUUCAAACGUCUUGAACAAGACGGUGUACGUUACUGGUUAGAAGGUGGAACUUUGCUUGGUGCUAUGCGUUCUGGUGAUAUAUUGCCAUGGGAUUAUGAUGUUGACAUUGGAGUGUUGCGUGAUGACUUGCAUCUUAGUCCAUGGCUUUCAGGUGCACGUUUGCAGCCAGUUAUUGACGAAGAUGGCUUUGUGUGGGAGAAAGCACGUGAAGGAGACUUCUUCAGAGUACAGUAUAGCCCUGUCAAUCAUUUGCAUGUAGAUAUCUUCCCUUUCUACUCAAAAAAUGGAACAAUGACGAAAGAUACUUGGUUUCCCACUCACAAGCAAGACAGAGAAUUCCCUGAACAUUUCUUGAAGCCACUUUCGACAAUUGAAUUUAUUGGGCGUAAGGUGUCUGCCCCAAAUAACAUAAGGGAUUUUCUAGAAUUAAAAUUUGGGAAAGGAGCUGUGGAAAACCCGGAAUACCCUGAUCCAAAACGGCUAAAGUUUUCACUUAAUGAAGAACAAAAUUACUUAACAGUUCCAGAAAACUGACUGAAAGCUCCUAUUCAUUUACACAUUAUAUGUUCUGUAUUAAUAAUUAGAACAAUGUGUCCUACAUUUUGCACAAAGCUGGAAAAGCUCAUACUUAAAGUAAAAGGACUAUGCUCUUUGCUGAAAGUGUGUUGCAGUGUCUUUGUUCCAGUAUGAAACAAACUGUGAUAAAUAUCUUGCAGUAUUACUUUUUCUCUUCACUUAGGAGAAGGGAGGUUAAUGUUUGUUAUAUGUAUAUUUAAUAAUGUUAGCUACGAUGUCUGUAACAAGUUAACAAGUACUCUUUCCAUCAGUAUUAAUUCUUUGAAUUUUUAAAUGUCGAUAAUUAAGUAGCUGCUAAAACUAUACAUCAUAUUACCUUAUACAAUUCCCUUACUCGAGCUAUUUGAAUUUAUAUUUUGUUAUGAGAGAAAUUCACUAAAGUGUAUAAAAUUAAAUUAUUUUGUGAAAGCUACAUGGGACAAAACUUCAGAUAUUUUAAUUUUUGUAGAAUUCCAUACUCUAGUUCCUCCAUUGGUUUGAAUCUAGAAUGAAAGAGGUCUUUUUUUAAUAUGUAGUUUUACUUUCAAAUGUUGAUGCAGUGGGUUGGGUCAUCUAUUUUUUGAAACUUUUGCUCCUAACCACCCCCCAACCCUUAGCUCCUCUCUCAGUUCAAUCUUCACUGCUUUGUAAUUUACUAAUUUUAUAGCACAUAGAAUUGACAUGGGGUGCUUAUUUCUAAGUUUCAAGGAUCCAGUAGUUUCAACUUUUUUGCUCAGUUUUUCUCUGAACUUAAUCUCUGGAAAAUUUUUGCAUGUGUAUAAAAAAAGGCAAGUCACAUCAUUGUUUUGAUCUUAAAUUAAAUUUGAGAUCACUCCAUACCUGCCUGGGCGAGUCGGUUCAUAAAUGAGAGGAAAGUAAGCAUUUUGUUUAUAUACUGGCAACUGUACAUGGGCAUAUACUAAAAUGGAUUGACUUUAUAGGAACAUAUGUAUUAUUUACAUGUUUUCACAUUAGCACUGAUGCCCACAAAAUACGAUGACCACAGUUUAGUCUUACAUGUUGGUUCCUUAUUGAUCCUUGAAAGUUACCCACAUUAACAUUUGUGAAAAUGUAAUUGUAUAUAGUGAAUCACUAUCAGUCGUGUUCCAUACAAACCUAAACACUGAAGAGAGAAUAGUGGUUUUUGUUAGAGAUUUGAAACUCCAUGUUUUAUGAGGAAUGUUAUCUCCUACUGAAGUUUGUUGCACCCUUUCACUCCUCUAGAAUUAAGAUCCAGAUUCCAUUACUUUUGUUUUCUUUCUUUUGCUUGUGUGUGUGAUGAUAGUUGAUAGUUAGAAUCUGUUUUAAAACACUAAUAAUUCCCAUUGUAUGCACAAUACAGGCAAGUUACACAUUUCGAAGAAGAAGAAUUAACUCCUCAAGAAGCAAUUUGUCACUUUGUUAUUUUGCAAACUGCUCAUAUUUUAAGUUCAGGCCUGUCUUGAAGAUUUGAUUGCCAGUUGCCCCCACUGAAAAAUUUUAUAAUUUUUGACAGAACGGUAGUAGGCGAGGUAGGUACAUCAGUGCUUUACAUUCAUUAUGUAAAACGUUCGUUGCUGCAUCGUCUGUAUGUGGAUGACUGGCAAGCUUCUGUGGAGGCCCUUUCACCCGCAUGUGGGUGACACUCUCCUUUUUCAAGUUACAGUUUUUGCAGUUGGAAUUUUCAAAGUAACGUAAUGUAGUAAGCACUGAAAUGUAACUAUAGGAUAUACAACAUAAACAUACAAACAAUGUACC